CUCGAUGUAAAUCGACUACUCCCAGAUUGUCUAGAGGCAGAGAUACUUACUUACCCAACGAAUUGUCGAAGCUGCCCUGAUAACAAGAACCGUGGAAGAACCUUGGAAACCAGCAUCUGAGAAGCGAGCCAGGCCGGGUUCCAGCUUGUUCGGCUAGCAUUCCGACGUGGCACUUGUUGGAUGCGACAGACCACUUGCAAGGACCACAUUUCUGAUAUCCAUCACGAGCCAGCAGACAGCCAGUCUGAUCCUCGUCUCAAGGCCCAACCACUCCCACUCGUUGGAAACUUGAGCAUACCAGUUGACCCGAACCCAUUUCACGCCAUCACCACCCCGCCCAUCAACACACCCUCACAUGAAACUUUUGGACAAGUCCCGUCCCUCCUUGUCCGUAAUACAAGAGUGUGAGCAGAAAGAAGUGCCAGUGCAGUGAGCAGCGCAAACCAACAAACGAACCAGCUCUUUUGCAGCUUGAGGCAGUCGGCACCGUUCCCCACUUCUCGCCCUGCCAGCCCGCCUCCUCAUUGGCCUGUCACGGCUAGCUGCCGACGCUAAGCAGGGAGCUUCUUGACUCUCUGCUUUGGGGUCAGGUGCCCAGGUACCUCCUCGAAACGGAUCAGGUACAAGUUGGGGUCAGGGCGCCACACCUUUAAAACGUCUCCCGUCCAGCCUGGCCAGCCACCGUUCGAGGUACACUUUCCUCUAACCCGUUGUCCACGCUCCACUCCCCCGAGUGUCGGUCUCAGUCUUGAGUUACGGAGACGGUGUGUUGGUGUGUGUGUGCCGGUGGCCCAAGCUCUCCCGACCUUGAACCCCAUCCCAGUCGCAUAUCGCAGCAGUGCCGCGCAUGCGCAUCGCACCGCACAGCAACUGCACUGCACUAGCACUUUGUUCCCUCGACCCAUCUCCUGCAACUCUAACCACCUUGUGAUCACCAACUUUUUCACACCCCCAGAGAGUCACCAUCCUGCAUCUGCACAACAAUAACAACAACAACAACAACCUGACACCUUGCUAGCUGGACCUCGACCUUUGCAGCCCUCGAGAGCGCCCAAUCCCUCGAGCAAUCGACCACCACACCUCCGCCAAUUCUGUCGGCCAUGGGAAGCUCAAUCGCUGCCUGUCCAUCUCCAUCCUCCAUCCAGCGCGACCACAUCUUGUCCAGCUAGAGGCGGCCAGCCUGUCUCGAUAGCUGACACUGCUCUAUUCUGCCCAAACCACCUCCCACCUCCCCCCCCCCCAUCCUUCAAGAUGGGUUCCGUAACCGAGUUCCCCCUGGGGCCUCACCUGCGGUAUCCCAUCACCAUCACCAGGCUGAUCUACCAGCCCGGCGAUGAGGUCAGGAAGGGCUCCAAUGCCAUGGAGUUCUCCUACAAGUACAAGAUGGAGUUCGGCGACCAGAUCACCGGCGACAUCCGCAACGAGGAGCAGACCGGCUUCGCCUCGUGGCCCUGCCCCACCAACGGCACCCUCAAGUCCUGGGAUAUCAAGGUCGGCCAGGUCAUCCCCCGCAGCCGCAACUGCGUGCGCAUCGAGGAGACGUGCAUCCACGAGAGCCAGUACGGCGGCAUGUGCCUCAUCUGCGGCAAGCCCACCGACGAGAUCGACUUCUACACCACCCAGCUCGACACCGCCCGCGCCCCCGUCCAGAUGAUCCACGACAACGUCAAGCUGACCGUCAGCCUCGACCGCGCCGCCGAGACCGAGCUGCUGCAGCAGAAGCGCCUGCUCGAGCACCGCAAGCUCAGCCUCGUCGUCGACCUCGACCAGACCAUCAUCCACGCCUGCAUCGACCCCACCGUCGGUGAGUGGCAGAACGACCCCUCCAACCCAAACCACGACGCCGUCAGGGACGUCCAGAGCUUCCAGCUCAACGACGACGGGCCCCGCGGCCUGGCCAGCGGCUGCUCCUACUACAUCAAGAUGCGCCCCAACCUGCGACAGUUCCUGACAAACAUCUCGAAGCUCUACGAGCUGCACGUCUACACCAUGGGCACCCGCGCCUACGCCAUGAACAUCGCCAAGAUCGUCGACCCGGACAAGAAGCUCUUUGGCGACCGCAUCAUCAGCCGCGACGAGAACGGCAACAUGACCGCCAAGAGCCUGCAGCGCCUCUUCCCCGUCUCCACCAACAUGGUCGUCGUCAUCGACGACCGUGCCGACGUCUGGCCAAACAACCGCCGCAACCUGAUCAAGGUCGUGCCCUACGACUUCUUCAAGGGCACCGGCGACAUCAACUCGAGCUUCCUGCCAAAGAGGCCAGACCUCGCCCCUGCCCCGGACGCCGUCCCCGGGGCGACACCCCCGAACGGCGAGGCGAAGCCGGAUCCCGCCGAGGGAGAUGCAGCAACGGCUGCGGCGGCGGCGGCGGCGGCGGCGGCGGCGGCAGCAGAAGCAGCAAAGACAACGGCCCCUCCCGCGGACGCCAGCAGUGCCGAUGAUGUCGCGCUGCUAAAAGCGCAGAGCGAGCAAGAACGGCUGCUGGAGAAGCAGCUGGCCGACCGCCCCCUGCUGCACAUGCAGGAGAAGCUCGACAAGGACGACCAGGAGGCCGAGAAGGCCAGCGCCGAGAACGAGACCGUCGGGAGCGGGCAGGUUACCCCGCCGCACCAGCGACACCACGUCCUCCUCGACGACGAUGCCGAGCUCAUUUACCUCGAGCGACACCUCAAGAACCUUCACGAGAAGUACUACGAGGCCUACGAGAGCCGCGAGAACAGCCCCUCGAUACCGGACGUGGGUGCGGUGCUGGACGAGCUCAAGCACGAGGUGCUGCGCGGCACGCGCAUCGUGCUCAGCGGCAUCGUGCCCAACAACGUGGACAAGUGGAACCACGAGAUCGCGCUGCAGGUCAAGAGUUUUGGCGCCAUCCUGGAGGACCGCAUACACCCGGGCAUCACGCACCUGGUGGUCAGCCUCCUGCGGCCGCGGACGGCCAAGGUGCGCGAGGCGGUCAGGAUACCGACCAUCAAGAUCGUCAACCAGAACUGGCUGCAGGACUCGAUAAGCCAGUGGGAGGAGCUGGACGAGACGCCGUACCUGCUGGACCUGCACCCUGCGGACCGGGGGGGCCUGGCCCCGCUGGUGCUGCCUGGCAAGGGCGACGGCGGCCCAGGCCCCGUGUCGAUGGACACGGCGAUGCAGAACGGCGUGGCCGAGCCAGACGAGCUCGACAGCGCCGACGAGGAGGACGAGCUGGACCCGCGCAGCCCCAUCGACGAGCUCAAGACGUUCGACUUCAACGAGGCCGACGAGGAGCUGGCCGCGUUUAUGGAGGAGGACGACGGGGAUGACGGGGACGACGACGACGAUGACGACGACGAAGGAAAGUCAGAAGAAGAGGGCGGUCAGUCGGACUCUGAGCUCGGAGACAACAAGAGCACGACGUCAGAGAGUGUGAGCGAGGCUGGGUCGAAGGCGGCCGUGGCCAGGAGGGAGGCAGCAGUCAACGGCACAUCACCGGGCUCCAAGCGAAAACACGGCGACGGAGACGUGGGCGACGACAGCGAGAGCGACGUGGGGAGCAGCGGCUCGGCGCUGUCGAAAAAGCUCAAGAUAUCACGGUCACAAGGGGCCAGCAAGCUGCGGUCCUCGUACGAGCCCGAGCCCGAGCCCGCGCUGCAAGGAGGCCAUGGCACAGGCACGGGGGCGAACGGGGGCGAGGAGGGCGAAGACGAGGAGGAGGUGGACCUCCUGGAGACGGGCGGGGGUGGGGGUGGGGAAGGCAACGGCAACGACGACGACCUGGAUGAUUUCGAGAUCGACGAGGCGGAGCUGGAGGCAGAGCUGGAGAAGGAGGAGCAGGAGCAGCUCGCGGAGAAGGGCUAGGUGCCCUGGUGCUCAAAGUACAACUCUGACACGUUCAACAAGAAGCUGGACGAGAAGCUGAAGCAGGGGCGGCGCACGCCCCCGUCGCCGUAGUGGUGGUGUUCGUCGUCGACGUCCUCAUUGCCCUCAUCAUCCUCAUUGUCCUUAUUAUCCUCACCCGCCCGUCGUCGAAACGAACCGCCCGAUCCAGCAACUGGAGAUGUGUUGGAGGGCGGCCACUCACUGGAUUGUAUUUCUGGAAGGGGUUCUUCUUUUCUCACUAGCGAUACUUGAUUAGCCAAUGAAUUCAAAAUCUACUGUAAAACA